AUGAUGGAAUGUCUGUUGACUGUCAUGCCUCGUUUGGAAUUCGAAGCGCGCAAAGACAUUGUUCAAAUUUUCGUGGCUCUCUUGCAGCGGAGCAUUGGAUCGAGGAGACCGACUGUCGAGUAUGUAUGGACCCAUCCAGCGAUCUUGCGCAUGGCCAUUCGUGGUUACGAUGUGCCUGACAUCGCACUCAACACGGGCAUUAUUUUGCACGAAAUGCUACAGUACGAGCUUUUAGCGAAGCUGUUCUUGUACUCGGACGACCUGUACAGAUUUCCCCAGUACAUCGAAACGACGUCCUUCAGCAUAUCUUGUGAUGCCUUCAAGAACUUGCGCGAUGCACUUCUAUGUCACCGGAGCAUCGCUGCUGAAUUCCUGAACAUGCACUACGACCGCUUCUUUCAUAUGUACACCCAACUCUUGGAUUCACAAAACUAUGUGACACGACGGCAAUCGCUUAAGCUCUUAGGCGAGCUGCUUGUCGACCGUGCGCACUAUGCAACAAUGAUCCGUUACGUGUCAGAUGAGGAGAAUCUGAAGAGGAUCAUGAAUGCGCUGCGUGACCGCAGCAAGCAUAUUCAGCUGGAAGCGUUCCAUGUGUUCAAAGUUUUUGUCGCAAAUCCCAAAAAAACGCCGGCUGUCGAAUCGAUCCUCCGCCGCAACCGGUCCCGCUUACUCACGUUUCUGCAAGGAUUUCUUCCCGAUCGCACAGACGAAUCAUUCAUUGACGAGCGCCAGUAUAUCAUCCACAUCAUUAGUGCUAUGCCAAGCACAUCAUGA